CGCGAUAGACUAAUCAAGUGCUAGGUGUCCGUGAACGUUAAUAUUAUUUGAGCUAGUUAUCCUUAUUUUAGCCCUUAUUUCUGCGGUUUUUUGUCCAUAUUCAUAAUUCGACAAGCCAGGUAACGUGACCGUUCAUAAUGCACAUUACACACAGCACUGCCAUGCCUCUUCCAGACACAAUCUACUGCGCCGAGCAAAUCAACAUCCCCCCACAGCUGCCAGACAUCCUCAAAAACUUCACUAAGGCAGCCAUCCGUACACAGCCCAAGGACCUGCUGCUGUGGUCUGCAGAGUACUUCAGAGCACUGUCUAAAGGAGAGUGUCUGCCUGUCAAGGAAGGACUGGAGAUGAAUGUUGCCACCCAGAAGACAGACACUGGACUGACUCCAGGUUUGCUUAAGAUUCUCCAUAAACAGCUGUCUCCUGGGCAAACGUGCAGCAAAGAGGAGCUGCAGAAGAAAUGGACCAGUCUGUGUCUACCCGUGGACCAGUUUGAGACCUUGUUGUCGCUGGGAGGCUUUGGCUCAGACAUUGACUGGAUGGAGUUCUUCGCCCUGGGCUGCAGUGCUCUGGGAGGGACCCUCCUGUGUUCUCUGAAGUUUGCUUGUGAGAUCCUGACAGACGAUGAGGAGGGUGGUGCUGCGAGGAUCCCGUUCAGCACCUUUGUCAAACUUUACACCUACCUGGCUAACCUGGAUGGGGACAUCCCACAGGUUCGCAUUGACAGCUUUCUCAGCAGCCUGCAGGGACAAGUGGAACUCCAGCAUGGGAUGAUAAAACCUCUGGACUUUAUCCAUCGGGAUGAUAUGGAUUCACCUCCUCCUGACUCAUCAGAAAUUUCCAGAAAAGCCUCGAGAACUGACUAAGAACUAUUAGAGACAGACAUUUCAAACUCAAAGCUUCCUGUUAUGAGUGAAAGCUGAACAAAAUCCUGCAUGUGUCUGUCGGUGUGACCAAAAGAGAGACAGAGUGUAAGCUGGGAACGCCCGCCACUACACUGCAUAUGACUUAACUAAUGUGCUAAAAUCAUGGACAUUAUGACAUCACCCAUACUUUCCUCAGAGGCCGUCGUAAAGCCUGGGACUUGGUUUUCCACUAGCUUCUGUCUUAAAGCUCCAUGGCUGCCUGGCCCCUCUCAAUCAAAGCAUUUUUCUCUUUAAGUCUCAUUCUCUUAUCAAUGGAAUAAUUAUGUCAUAAUCCUCACUGUGACACACAACAGCAGAUGCAAAAUUCAUUUAAUGAGACCUGAACUCCUUGUUAAAUGUAUAUAUAAUUGUUUUGUACUGCAGAGGGAAGUUGGAGAAGAUUUCCAACUGAUUCUGGGAUUUGUUUUAGUCAGUAUCCUGCAGCCAUUAAGACACCUUCGCACUGGCCUCACUGUUCUGCCUCAC